UCAGUGCGUGUUGCGCCGAAUAGCUUCCCCUUCUUCCUCUUCUUUUGCACGUUGCUGACUGCGUGCAGCCGAGGUUGUGCUGCCGACACGGUGACAUCUGUCCGUGCUAGAGGUGACCCGUCCAUCUCGUUCCGCCAUGACAAAGGAGGAGAACAAAGGUACGGCCGAGGACCAGGCCCAGUCAAAGAAAGCUCUCAAGAAACAACAGAAGGAAGCCGAGAAAGCCGCUAAGAAGGCAGAGAAGCAGGCCAAGUUGGCUGCGGAACAGCAAGGAGAAGAAGAAGAGGACUUUGCCAAAGAUAGAUAUGGUGUCUCCACCAUGAUCCAGUCACAAGAUAAACCAGAUCGGGUCUUGGUGAAAGUGAAGGACCUGACUGUACAGAAGGCUGAUGAGGUUGUGUGGGUCCGAGCCAGGGUUCACACCAGCCGAGCCAAGGGAAAGCAGUGUUUUCUAGUCCUGCGUCAGCAGCAGUUUAACGUCCAGGCGCUCGUGGCUGUGGGAGACCGCGCAAGCAAACAGAUGGUUAAGUUCGCUGCCAACAUCACCAAGGAAAGCAUUGUCGAUGUGGAAGGCAUUGUACGCAAGGUGGAUCAGAAGAUCGAGAGCUGUACCCAGCAAGACGUGGAGCUGCACAUUGAGAGGAUCUAUGUGAUCAGUGCGGCUGAGCCUCGUCUCCCGCUGCAGCUGGAGGACGCCAUGCGGCCCGAAACCGAAGGAGAAGAGGAUGGAAGGGCAACUGUUAACCAGGAUACACGGCUGGACAAUAGAGUCAUUGAUUUACGGACGUCUACCAGCCAAGCCGUGUUCGGCCUCCAGUCGGGAAUCUGUCAGCUUUUCCGAGAAACUCUUGCAAAAAAAGGUUUCGUGGAGAUUCAGACCCCCAAAAUAAUUUCAGCCGCCAGCGAAGGAGGCGCCAACGUGUUCACCGUUUCGUACUUUAAAAGCAGCGCGUAUCUGGCGCAGUCCCCGCAGCUGUAUAAGCAGAUGUGCAUCUGUGCCGACUUCGAGAAGGUUUUCUGCAUCGGGCCAGUGUUCCGAGCUGAAGACUCCAACACCCACCGGCAUCUGACCGAGUUCGUCGGCCUGGAUAUUGAGAUGGCGUUCAAUUACCACUACCACGAGGUGGUGGAUGAGAUCGCAGACACCAUGGUUCAGAUAUUCAAAGGCCUUCAGGAGAGGUUCCAGACGGAAAUUCAGACGGUGGGCAAGCAGUUCCCCAGCGAACCGUUCAAAUUCCUGGAGCCCACGCUGCGGCUGGAGUACACGGAAGGAGUGGCGAUGCUACGGGAAGCUGGCGUGGAGAUGGGCGAUGAAGAAGACCUUAGCACUCCUAAUGAGAAACUUCUGGGGCGUCUGGUCAAAGAGAAGUACGAUACAGAUUUCUACAUCCUGGAUAAGUACCCUCUGGCCGUGAGACCCUUCUAUACAAUGCCGGAUCCUCAGAACCCGAAAUACUCCAACUCCUAUGACAUGUUUAUGAGAGGGGAGGAAAUCUUGUCCGGGGCUCAGAGAGUUCACGAUGCGCAGCUGCUUACGGAAAGAGCGCAGCACCAUGGAAUCGACCUGGAAAAAAUCAAGGCUUACAUAGACUCUUUCCGUUUCGGAGCUCCUCCUCAUGCUGGCGGCGGGAUCGGUCUGGAGCGCGUCACCAUGCUGUACCUGGGUCUGCACAAUAUCCGUCAGACUUCCAUGUUCCCGAGAGACCCCAAGAGACUGACCCCGUAACCGACCCUCUCGCUGUGAUCUGAAAUCACCCGCUAGCGGCCAGUCACCCCAGAAUCUGCUGUAAUGUUUUGUACGGAAAUAACCUCACCCUGUGCAAUAGUUUUUAACAGAACGUUAAUGUUUGGUAAAGAAGCUUGGAGCGUAACAUUGUAACCGUAAAUCCUGCCAUAAAUCGCAAUAAUAACACGGUAACUACACGAGCCGUAGAUAGCGGCGGUGACGGCCGACAGCUUGUCUUAAAAACAUUGAAUAAAACCUAGUGUUACAUUAU